CCUUCGUCAACCUCAACCCUCUCAAAAAACCCUAGGUCGCUAGCCAACAUUUUCUAGCUGUAUUCCAUUGCCGCCGAGCCUUGACGAGCUUUGGACAGAGAUGUCGUCAAGCGAGGAAACGGCUAAGCUAUUCCGUGUUUGGAAGACGGCAUUGGAGAUGCUUAGAGACCGCGGUUUCCUCGUCCUUGAUUCGGAGAUCAAAAUGAGCAGGCUCGAAUUCCUAGACAAGUUCGGCGAGAAUUUCAAGCGGGAGGACCUUGACAUGUUGAAGACCAAGGAAGACGACCCAAACGAUCGGAUAUUUGUAUUCUUUCCAAAUGAACCAAAGUUGAAUGUCAGUGUAACAAGAAGAUAUGCUGAACGGAUGAGAUCAGAGAAAAUAUUUAGAGGAAUAAUCGUUGUCCAAGAGGUUCCUACUCCCCAUGCAAAACAUGCAAUUGAAGAUCUAUCUCAGAAAUACUAUCUUGAGGUUUUUUUGGAUGCAGAGUUGCUGGUCAAUGUUAACAACCAUAUGCUUGUUCCAAAGCACGAGGUACUCAGCAAUGAGGAAAAGAAGGAACUGCUGAAGCGAUACACUGUCAAAGAAACACAGCUUCCAAAAAUGAUGUCGAAUGACCCAAUUGCAAAAUAUCUUGGGAUUAGGCGAGGACAGGUUGUGAAGAUCACCAGAAAGAGUGAGACCGCCGGCAUAUAUAUCACCUAUAGAAUUAGUGACCCUAUGCUUCUACGAGCUGUGGUGCGGCGGAUGCCGGAGCAAUCUCCGGAGAUCUGCGCUACCCUUCUACGGUGGCUACCGCAGCGACAACAAGCUCGAUGGGCAAGUGGGGGCUUUCCGCGCGGCCGGCCUCGGCCUACCAAACCUGGUUUCGCCGGUGGUGAGGGCAAGUCAGAGUGGUGGGUAGUUGACGGCGAGAUGCACGAGAUAGGAGAUCACGUUCCCCACCGAGAGCGCUUUGCAAUGCGUGGAAGAAGGUAG